UAAAAAUGUACAUCAAAAAAUACUAGCAAUUUUUUAACUGUAAAUUUAUAAUAACGUGAAAUUAUAUGAAAAUUGACGUAUUAUUUUUAAUGUAUUACUAGAAUAUUAUCUAUUUCUUCAGAUAUAAAACAUCUUUUUCUCCUGUCAAGUAGGUUGCCUAUUUCCAAGAUACUCAUUCGAUAAACCAAUAUUUUUAAAUCUAUAUUGUGCUCGAUUAAUCAGCCAGUUAUUAUUAUAGCCGUUCAGCGGUAUAAAAUUCUCGACGUAGAUAUAAUUUAUAUAUACGCCACGCAUAUGUAUCUUGUGGUCUGCCUUUAUAUAUCCAGCGUAACGUUCACAACACAGCGGUGUUUCGUACGAAAAUGCCGCGUGUGUUCGAGCUGGCCUGACCCGAUCGUACCUUUCGGACUCGCGGGCAACCGGUUCGCGCUUCGUCCCGUUUUCUCCUCGCGUCCCGUCCCCUCAUCCCAUUCUCUAGGCCACCCCUAUUUCUCUCUUUUCUUUUUUCCUCCCUCUCUCUCCGGCUUUCCUGUCGGUUGACCGUUCUAAAACCGCGCCGCCUCUAUCUACAGUUGGAAACUAAUCGGCAAAGGAUUAUCACAGGUCAGCGGGUGUUCAACCUUCCGUACACCUACCUAUCUACCUACCUAUCUACCACGGUUCGAUACCGCGAUAUCCGGUCGAUCAUUAUUAAUAGACCAGUGCCGUUGUCGCCGGUAACGACGUCCCCGCCGAAACUCUCGUGUUAUAACGCACGCGCUCGAUUGCGAUAUCAUCGCACGUUUAUUCGAUUCUGGGCCUCUCGAACCGGUUCCCCCGUUGACGUGACUGACAGCAACAAGUCUCGUCUGUUAUUCCCUGACCGUGAUAUUCUAUGCGGCGUUCUCACACGACAUGACAUUUGUAGUACUCGCACGUAAAGAGGACCGAUUUAUUCGUCUUUCUCGCGCUCGCUUUUAAUAGGUAUUUUCACGUGUCACCGAAAUUAAAGAGGCCGAGCGAGAAGUCUUAAAAGACUGACGUUUUUCUAUGAAAGAACAUUGUAUAACGAUACAAACACUUUUACGUAAAUACUUUCGAGGCUCUAUACAUCUAAUAAUUUCACGAAUUGAAUUAAAACGGCCGAUUUCACUCGUACAAUGAUUGCUGUGUUUUAUCUCCAAACACCAAGCGAUGAAAUUUUUUUAAGUAGCAAUACGUAUUGCUUACAAAAAUAUAUUGCACACGUAAUGCAUGAAGUAAUUCUCGUUUAAUUUUCGUUUAAUUCCAUUUGUAUGGAUGACUCGCUCGACCUCUCCUGCGAGAUUCGAUAAUCCUGCGAUAAGAAAUACUAUUAUGAUAAAGCGCCGGGUUGUAUUCUUGAUCUGCACAGAAGCUGAAUGCAACAUAAAUUAACUGGCGCUACGGAAAUAUCUUUUAAUUAAGAAAUUAAAGAGAUGAAAGCAAACGCGUAAACGACUCGCGAUAAAAAAAUUAUAGAUGAAUAUCACACAUUGUUGAAAGAAGAAAAGGAUAGCAUCAAAGCAUACGCGCUGAAAAAUAUCAUUUUUUCAACACAUUAUCUGACGAACUUUAUGCUAGUUUCGCUGUGGUUAGUACUUUAAUAAAUUUUGCGUAUCGAUCUAACUCUCUUGACAUUCAGUAAUGGUAAUACUACGAUCCCAUCCAAUCAAAUUCGCUAUUAGCAAAUGAUAAAUUCGCGAAUCUCUGCAGUGUAAAUAGUCGAAUAAGAGUAUAUAAAAGAGCCUCGACGGAGGCGUGUAGCAUAGUAACGGCAGAGAAAGGUUUCGCUCUCGCAGACACGCACGCGAGAAUUUGCGGGAGAGUGAAUUUUUAUCGCGACGUCGUAACGGGCGACAGCAUAUCGGGUACGGCAUUAGAUUGCACGCGAUAAUGCUCGGCGGUUAUGUGUGCGUUCUAUGUGUCUCCUUCGUUCGUUUUCCAAGCGAUAAAAGUCAAGCGCGAGACUCGCUCGCGAGAAUCCUCACGACGUGACGCGCUAUCCGCGACGGAGAUAAAAGCGCGAUCGUGGCGGGCGUGUGACCUCCGGAGCGCUUCCAAAUUUCAGAAACAACCUUGACGGGAUACACGAUGUUAAAGUUUUUCGGUCGGCUGACUCAGAGGGCCGUCCUCGGAAUCGAAGAACGUGACACAAUCAUCUUCUCGGAGCUCGUCGUGCGAUCAGGGCUGACUCGAGACAGCUCCAGGGCCCUGACUUUACAGAACGAUCGGUAUUUUUUAAAGAAAGGAGAGAUGUAGAGAAUAGAAUGAAGAAAUCGGGUCAGGGCUAUUCUUUUUCCAAAUUCGAGCUAUACAUGUUUCGAUAGUUUUUUUUUUUUUUUUUUUGAUAAAAGUAUAGAUAAUAGAUUAGUUCAAGGAUAAUAUUCUUUAUAAUGAAGAUGUAAUCAACUGACAAAUGUAAAAAAAUGUGAUUAAUAUAAACUUUAAUGCCAUCUUAGACAGAAAUUUCGAUAAUCAUUAAACAUAUGUUUUAUUAAUCUCCGUUUAAUUAUACCUUACUAUAUAUUUUUCAAUUUCUCCAAGACUGCCGCAUAAACUUCGAUUACGGACGUCAAUGAUUCGCAUUAAUUAACGUGUAUGUGAUGUGUACGUAAGCGAUAUCGGAUUAAAAUGCGAUUUUAGAAUCUGAAAAAUUGUCUAAAUGGCCGCUCGGAGAGACGCAGCGACGUUCCGCUUUUGUACACGCGUGUUCAUCACGUGACGUCGCACGAACAUCGCCGAGGAGAGAUAAUUCUCGGACCAGCUCGAUCGCACCUCAGUGCUUAGUUCCGAGUACCUCAUCGUGGUGGCAGCAUCUGUCGAUUCGGCGCAGCUCCCAUACGAUGCUACAUCUCUCGGUGACAGGAGGAAGCAACAGCUGACUCGCGGCGCACAGUAGCUCUCUCGUCUCCCGGAGAGGCAUCUCGUCACUUUCGCACUCGUGCGAAAAACCCCCCGAACGAACGAGCGAGCGGAAGAAGUGUCGCGUCGCCAUCUUUAGGCACGGUUGUAGCCGUCUCCGCCGACGUCAUCGCCGUCAUCGUCGCCGUCGCCGUCGUUGUUUGGCCGACGACGCGUGCGAGAGUCCACGACAAUCUUUGGACCAACGGUGUUGUUAGCGCCGUGCGCCUCCCGUGGUGCUGACGCGAACGCGAAGUGAUAUCGCCGUGAGAGCAAAAACCCCCGACGACAUCGGCUGUGCGCGUCGUACGCGCUCGAUUACAUACGUGCCGAGGCCGGGGCGCGAGGAAGCGAGGUGCGCGUCGCGAGUAGCUUCCUCGCCCGACGAGACGUCCAAUAAUACUCCUCUCCAGAUCCACUGUCACUGUCUUCGUUCGCGAAGAGGAACGUGACUGUGGGGGACAAGGACUUGGCGAGAACGAACGAAUGAACGAACGGUAAGUGGAAACGUGUGAUCCUCGGGAGUGUCGUUCGACUGCUGUUGUCACGUCAAAACGAGAUCGCGAUUCACAUAUAAUCAGUGUGCAUUUCGUUCCUUCGGAUAUUAAACGCGCGCAAGUGAGCUCUACCGUACGUGUGAGUGACAAUCAACGGAGUCUUACGCUGACUGUGACUUUGCUCGGGAUAUGAGACUGAGACAAUAGUAAUCGGCCGUAUUCGAGAAACGGAGCGGGCCGAAUAGACGGACAUUGAAACGGGUGGGACAGAACGGCACGAGCGUGCGAGAGAAAAAGAAAGAGAGAGAAACGGCAGCCGUGCUGGACGACAACGACGACUAACUGGCACAAUUGACAGGGAAGAUGGCGCGAGUCGCGGACGAGGAUCGCUGCUGACCCAUUUUUUUUCCGACGCGCCAAUUCUCCGGGUGUCGGGAGCCUCGCCGAAGGACGACGGAGGAGAAAUCUCUCCCUCGCCCCUUCCCCUCUCACUCUCGGGCGAGCACCGUUUGCGGAGUGUGGUGACAUUCGCCGGGAGAAAUAUAAUAUCGGCGACAGCAGGGAAGGCAAGCCGUGAGGAGAGUGUAAGAGAAAGAGAGGACGGAUUCGGGAGUUGCGCCGGGAGAGUGCCCUUUCGUGCCGCGCUCGCGCGCGCGCCUCUCCUCCUGCGUGUAUGUGUGUGUAACCCGUUUUUGUACCGUGUGAUAAUCGCGCGAGUGUGCGUGCCUGUCUCUAUCUUUCUUCUUCGCGUGCGAUCUGUCGCCUUUCCAGCGUGUCGCGAGGUCAUCGUCGCGUUCCUCGCGAAAAAUCUCCUCGAAGGACUUGGUUCGGGUACAAGGACAUAACGCUACGCGAAGAUCCGUCGUUAUCGUCGUUACCCUUGUCUCUUCGUCUAGUUUUCGAGGUGCGACGAGGUGACAACUGGCCACCAGCAGCGCGCGGUAGAAGGUGGCAAAAAUUCUGAGGAAACCGGAGCUCGGCAGAGCCCUGGCAGGCUCGGCGGACACGGACGUACGCCGACGAAGACGUAGCAGUCCUCUGGAUUAUCUCGAGUCCCGUAGAGCUGCCCUGGCAGGCUCGGGCAUCAGCGCGGCUAAAAUGGGCAACAAUGCCGCGACUGCUAACAAGAAGGUCGAUGCCGCCGAGAGCGUCAAGGAGUUUCUCGACAAGGCGAAGAAGGAAUUCGAGGACAAAUGGAAGAAGAAUCCAACCAACACCGCCGCUCUCGACGACUUUGAGCGCAUCAAGACUUUGGGCACCGGUUCAUUUGGUCGCGUGAUGAUCGUUCAGCACAAACCAACCAAGGAGUAUUACGCCAUGAAGAUACUCGACAAGCAAAAGGUCGUCAAGUUGAAGCAGGUGGAGCACACGCUGAACGAAAAGAGGAUACUGCAGGCGAUCAGCUUCCCGUUCCUCGUAUCAUUGCGCUUCCACUUCAAGGAUAACUCUUACCUGUACAUGGUGCUGGAGUAUGUGCCCGGUGGCGAGAUGUUCAGCCACCUGCGCAAGGUCGGCCGCUUCUCGGAGCCGCACUCGCGUUUUUACGCGGCUCAGAUUGUACUGGCGUUCGAGUAUCUACACUACCUUGACCUGAUCUAUCGGGAUCUGAAACCGGAGAAUCUGUUGAUCGACUCACAAGGUUACCUCAAGGUCACCGAUUUUGGCUUCGCCAAAAGAGUACAGGGUCGGACGUGGACUCUGUGCGGCACCCCAGAAUAUUUGGCGCCCGAGAUCAUCCUCAGCAAGGGCUACAACAAGGCCGUGGAUUGGUGGGCGCUGGGCGUUCUGGUUUACGAGAUGGCCGCAGGAUAUCCUCCAUUCUUCGCCGAUCAACCGAUCCAAAUCUAUGAGAAGAUCGUGAGCGGCAAGCCACGCUUCCCCUCGCACUUUGGUUCCGACUUGAAGGAUCUGCUGCGCAACCUGCUGCAGGUUGAUCUCACCAAGAGGUACGGCAAUCUCAAAGCGGGCGUGAACGACAUCAAGGGCCACAAGUGGUUCGCCAGCACUGACUGGAUAGCCGUCUUCCAGAAGCGAAUAGAGGCGCCGUUCAUACCGCGCUGCAAGGGACCAGGCGACACCAGCAACUUCGAUGAUUAUGAGGAGGAAACCCUGAGAAUCUCGUUGACGGAGAAGUGCGCCAAGGAAUUCGCCGAGUUUUGAACGCGGCGUCGGCUCGGCAAGUUGUUCGUAACAGGAGGUGGAUACGCACGUCAUGUGCACGUCGUCGUAGUCGCGCCUCGUGGACGGGCCAAAGUGGCGCGGCCCUUCUUCGUCGUCGGUGUCGUCGUCACCACGUUGGUGGUUCGCUUUUUUCGAAAGAGAGUAAGAGAGCGUGAGAGAGAAAGGCGAGAAAGAGAGAAGGAUGUAUAUGUGUGCCGGCGCGCGCGAGCGCAUCCUCGUGUAACCGAAGCUCUCGCAACGCGAAACGGAGAUUCUCGGGACGAAGUUUCUCGCGUAAACGAUAGGAUGGUAGGAAGGAUGUGUUAUCUAAGAGAGAAAGAGAGAGAGAGAGAGUUGCGUGUGUGAGAGAAAGAGUAAGAGGAAGAGAGAAAAGAAGGAUAUGCGAAGCGGCGCGAGGCAAUUCGGACACGUUUUGUUGCGUUUCGCGAAUGAAAUUAAUUAAAGAGAAGGAAAAGAGAAAUACGGAUGGAUAAGGGACGUUUAUACGCCGGCGCGUCGAGCAUUCAAAAAUUAUAGAUACACAUAAUUCUCGGUUGUUACGUAUGUGUGUAGUAGACGUCAUACGCCAGCAUCACUUUUUACAUGGAGAAAUCUGUUUUUUUUAGCCGGUCAAUCGAUUCAUUAACGUCAUAACGGCUGUAUAAUAUAUAUAUUGUGUGUCCCUUCAUAUCUCCCUACUCCUCCUCUCUCCCCUUUCCUCCUACUCUCCCUGUUCCCCCGAGACAGUUUCAUAAUCCGAUUUAUAGAGAGAGAGAGCCAUGUGUAAAGUUUAUUCCUAAUGAUUAACUAGUAGUAUAUCGGAAAUGUCACCGUACCGAAGUUACCUUGUGUACAUAUAGCCUUUCAUUGCUUUGACGAACGACGUUCUCUCCUUUCCUCCGUUCCCCUGCCUCACAAACGCAGCGUCCUUCUCUUCCUCGAUGUUUUCCCCAAAACUUUCGAUAGCUCCUCCCCACUCGUCCAUUCGUUUAGCCUCGCAUUACGCACACACAUGAAUCAAGAGAGGUACCGUACUAUGAAACAAGUCAUAUCGUGCAUCGUUCGUUGUCUACUAUUUGUCUCUAUCCUCUUUAUUCGUUAUGAGUGAGAGAAAGAGAAUGAGUGAGAGAGAGAGGGAGAGAGAAAGACAGUACGAUCUGCGUACUUCCAGUGAGUACGAUUCACAUUUAUAUUACUAGUCGUCACACACAACACACACAUACAUACACACACAAUAAUUUUGAGAUAAUUUAUAUAUUAAAACACAUUUUUCUCAUCGAUCGCGCCGAUGACGGGCCAAUUGGAGGAGACGAUAUAUAGUUUCUUUAUAUUCGCGAUAAAAAAAAAAUGUCACGUGAGACAUAUUUCUAUAUAUAUAUGCAAGCAAAUCGGAUGUGUCCAUCAUUGAGGUGAUUUUGCACGCGAUCAACUUCCGAUUAUUAUAGUUUCUCUUGCAUAGCAUUUCAUUCUCGAUAUAUUAUUAUCUGCAUUAUCUUGGAAGAUUAAAUGUUUAAUUUUCUAAGAUAAAUGUGCAAACGUACAGAGAUACUAGCCAUCUCGAAUUAUUAUAUAGAAAAAAAAGAGAAUCGCCUUCCCAUAUAUAAUGAUCUAAUCUACUGGCAUAAGAACAUCAAUAUUGGAAGAAACGAGGAGCUAUCAAGAAUUGUAAACAGUUUAAAUCACUACCAGCUUUCUCGUAAACGCGAGUUUUAAUGUACAUGCGAACGUGAUCGUCGAUAUUGUCGUGAGAUUUAAAUCUCUCUUAUCUUACUAUCGUCUUUGAACUUAAAGAUUCGCGUAAAGUAAAAGGGGAACAUAAGUAUAAUUGUGAUUAACGAUCUUGACGACAUAAAUGUAAUAUCGGCAAAAAAAUGAAGCGCACGGCAAUGUAGGGCACGGUAAAAAGUACUAAAAAUCGAUGGCGAAUUAAUAAGCACCGUAGAUACUAACGAAGCGUGUCGACGAUAAAGAUUACUCGAUUGGAAGCUAAUGGCAACGGUGGCCGCGAUUACACGAUCGAAGAUUGCAUUAGCCACGCGCGAGAGAUCAUCACUUUUUCUCUCGGGGAAGAUCGAGACGACGCAAAACACUCUUUCACGCGUUGACGUCAAUGUCGAUGCACGAAGUUUCGUUAAUGAGUAAAACGAUCGUUCGGAAUUGGAUUGGGCACACGCCAGCGCGACGUGGCCGGCCGAGAAGGGGAAUCGAUUCAGCGGUGAUGGGUUAACACGCGCGCGGACAAUGCGGAGAAAAUGCGGCGCGAUAACGUUACGAAACUUUUAUAUCCUUUUAGCAUUCGUGAUAAGUCGAGUACGAGCUUGGUGGUAAUCGCGCGUCUAAUAUUAAUCUGAGAUUUCAGAGCUUCUCGUUUACAAGUCGAACGAACUCCCGAUUCUAGUUGACGAUUCAGGCGCAUCAUAUCAAAUUUCAUUGUGUCAAAAAAUGAAAUCUCGUAAAUAUCGCACGAGAAUAAAUUAUUCAAUUAUAUAUGGGUAAUAAGCUUGCAUCGCAUUUUUCAAUAUAUUUUGGUGUUGAUGUCGCUGAUAAUUUUCUGAGCGUUAUAAACGCAGACAGAAUUUUAUCGGGAAAUCAUUAGAUUACGAUCGCGAGCAAUCAGCUGAUUGACGAAGGGAGGAUCGUCACGAGCCUCUGCAAUAUCCGGUUAAUAAGAUACGAAAUGCGAAAAAAUAGGCAAAGGAUCCGUUGCACGUGCGAAUGUAAUUUUGCAAGUGAGAGGGUAGAUCAAAGUGGGAGGUCUUCAUGUCCAUAUAUAUCCUUCGUGCCUCUAUACACGAAUGCAUACGCCGUUCGUUUGCACACGCCGCGACGUUAUGAAGGAAUUAGAAUGAGAAAGAAAAUGGCAUAGCGGUACGAGACGCAGCGAAAUAAAUGAAGCACUUGGCGCGGCUUCGUGACGAGAUUUUCAAAUAACGAGAACUUGGCUGACGCGAUAUGCAAUUGCGCUUGCAAAUGUACGCGUUGUAUACUCGCGCGUGUGUCAAGAAGUAACAAAACACUGGAAAUAAUAGAACAUUUGAACAGAAUUAAGACAUUUGAUUAAAAUUGUCUCAAUAUGAUAUCGAGAUAGUGCGAUAAAAAUAAUUACAAAUUAUUUGCUUUAAUUUUUUUCGCGCUCUUUCUAUUUUUCCAUUUUGCAGUUGAAAUAUAUUCUAUUACUCCUAGUUUUUUAAUUGAUAUUGUAAGAACUCAUUACUCGAUUUAAUUAUAUAAAUUCAUACACAAUGACAAUCGUGUUGUAAACAUAUGGUUUAAUGGAGUUUCUCAUAUUUGUUUCUCAUUAUUCGAAUUUUAGUUGCGUCAAACAGAUUACUCUAAUUGCGGAUAAUCUGACAGUUUUAUUUAUUAUGAAAUCGAUUAUAAAUAUCGUGGAUAAAAACAUUUUCAAGUUUCUUGGCAAUUGAAUUUUAUUCAAAUGGAUUUAAUAUGCGUGAUAAUUUAAUACGUAGAUAUAUUUAUAAUUAUAAUUUAAUGUUUUUGAACUGAAAAAUAUAUAUAGUCUACGUUUGUUUUCUGAAUGAAAAAGACAGUAUCUUAUUCAAACAUAUGACAUUUUUAAAGGAUAACAAAUUUUUUUUUUUUUUUUUGUUUGAUUUUUGUCAACUCGAGCAUUCUGUUUUUCAACUGUUUACAGUAAGCUGGAUUAUCUCCCUGGAUGGAUUACUCUAUCCUCCUAAUGACUAUUGAGUCAAUUUACAUUUUCAAAAUAUUAAUCAUAAAUUGUCAAUAAUGAAUUCAGAUUUUUUAAAUAGUUUGCUAUCGCGCUUUUCAACCCGCAACAUAUCGACAAAUAUGAAUUUAUCUUUAUUCAUGUAAAGCGCCAACACAUAUCCUUAAAUCACAUACUUAGGUUAUAUAAUAGUUAUUCAACUAUUACGAUAUUUAUCUCGUCUCGGAAUUCAACGAGAAUUUGCAUUUUUUUCAUACAACAUGAAACCGAUUAAUAUAUCUCAGGAGUUGCAUUGUUGCGAUUUAAUGUAACUUUUUUUCUCCGCAAGCAACAUUUCAUCUCUGCUUUUUUCUUCAUUCGAUUUAGGUAAAUACACCAUAUAGCUAUAAACGUUGGCUAACAGCUUUCGAUCUCUUUCCGACAAUUGAUCCAAAUUCAAUAUUGAUAUUCCAAAUUAAAGUAGCUAUCCAUGAGUAAACAUGGCUAACAUCUAUAAUACUGCAGAAUUUGAUAAAAUAUGAGAUAAAAAAUAUGGCAUUGGAGGAGAGAGAAAAGGGGAGAUAGAUAUCCUUUAAUAAUGUCACGCGAGCUUUGUCGCGUAUAAUUUUGAAACUUAAAUGCCAUAUCUGAAGAGCGAAUCUAACUUCUGUAAGAUCGUGACCCGUUUACGCAUUUCCGACGAGCAUGAUACGCGUAAAUAUUACAUGAGAUACAUGAGCAGAUAUCAUAUGCGAAUCGCCAUUAUCAUAAACGAUUCGUCACGAAGACACGAUUAUUAUAAUUCAUCUAAUAAUUAUUAUUAACUAACAUUUUUCACAUCAUACUUUAUAGAAAGUGAUAUGUCGUCGUCGUCGUCGGAAACUUGGAGAACAAAAACUUCUCGAAAGAUAUCGAUCAGAAUAUUUGAGUAGUCACAUCGCGACAGUUAUGCGUCCACGUGGAAAAUUCGCAUCGUUUUAUAUCGAUCGUAAGAAAUAAUCUCUUUAAAAUAAUAAACUUUCUUAGGUCGCGUUUUACAAUUAUUUUUGGAAAAAAAUUAAUUAUAUACUUUUUAUUGUACGAGAGUAACAAUAUUUACCUAAAAUUAUUUUACCAUCAGAUUUUAUUCAUAUGUCAAUAUUACGAUGAAAUUUUUAUUGAUAUUCCUAAUCGCCGUAUAAAUGAAAAUUUCAAAAGAGAUAUCGGUAUUUUAAUCGCCAGGCAAACAAUAAUUUUUGUCAGAUGAUCGUGAUUACGGCGAUUGUUAAUGCUUUUGUAUUGAUUUUAUUGUCGAAAUUAUAAUAAGAUGACAGAACAAUUAUUAUAUCAUCGAUUAUAUGUUCUCGAUAAGGAUUUUCCUUUUCGCAAGGUAUCUCGAUCAUUUGUUCCCCGUGGAUAAUACGAUAUUGACCGACGACUUGCGAUAUUAAGGGCUGUGUCAAUAACAACGUAGGUACAUCAGGAGCGUUACAUGGUAAUAAAAAUAAUUUCUAUUUUUCACGGAAAAGUAAUCUUAUCGCGAUCAAGUCUUGUCAUCCAUUGAUCGCAUAGCGCAUAGAAUAAAAUUAUCGUUUGAGAUCGAAAGACAAUAUUUUUCAAUUAAAAUCUCCAAUUGUAAUUUUAUAUUUAAUUCGACAGAAACGCACGAACAUCAAUUGCUCAUAGGGAGCAAUUUUAAUGCAUUCUCGUAUCUUCCAAUAUAUAAUCCGCGUAUGUAAAAUUCAACAUUUAUUUUAAUUUAUUAUUAUAUAAGAAUCGUGAAAUUAUUUUUCUUUGUGAAUAAUAUACUAUUGUACACUUCAUGCCUGGGGUAAAUAGUUUCCCUGGAAGGUUGAAUUGUUUCAUAGUAAUUACAUAAUAAAGUGCAGUAUAAUACAAGGCAACUGCCUAACAAUUUCUUGUAUUUUCUUUUACGUUUGCACGGCGCGCUUAAAAUUUUUCAAAUACUGUAACAAAUACAAAGUUUAUCGCGAAUGAAAUCGGUUGUUGCAAAUUAUUUUACGUGCGCAAUCUAAUUUGUUGACGUUCGUCUCUUGUUUUCCAAUUGGCCCUGAUGGCAGGGGGUUUGUUGCACCUGCGGGAAGCUUUAACCGACGUAUUUAUGACUCGCACGUAUGCGAGCGCAAACGUUUCAUGUAAAUAUUAGUAGUAGGUAACAAAAUAGUACGUAUAUCAUCGUGUUCCCCGUAGUGUGUGGCUCCUUUAGAGCAAUUUUCCUCUGAAUAUCUUUGCGUUUCUCAGUUUAAAGCCAAUGUUGCAUCGACAGAUCAAGCUUUUAUCGGCUGUCCCUGGUUAUUUCAAUCAGACCCGAUUUCGAUCAAUCUUAACUCUAGUUUAACUGAUUCUAUGUGUUUUUUUAGAGACGAAGAUUUAUAUUCUCGCCACGCAUUUAAUAUUAAAAUGCUGCGACAUUUUAGUUUUUGUUAUCUAAUAUGAGGAUGACGUUCAAUGUUUGUAUGAAAUGAGAGAAUUAUGAGGCGCAUUUAGCGUCGAAUGUGUGACGAGAAUUUACACGAUAACUUAAGCUGCGGUUAGAUUUAGCUGAGGUUGUCGAAAGCGUUGGAUCUGCUUUUCUGUCUUCCCUUUCCCUUCCCCUUUUCUCUGUCUAUAUAUCAUAGCUAGAAUUUAAUUCAGGAAAGGGAUGACGAAUCGACAGAAAUGCCCGAUUGGCCGUGUCACGUAGCCCGAACAGCUAUCUGUUGGUGUAACUCGGUGCUUAAUCGUUUUAUAACGCUCAGAGGAUAUGUACGUCAGCAUAGGAACACGAAGGUAGGCACACAGGGACAACACACGUGUGUACCUGCAGAUUUCCCCUGGCCCGUUGUAUAUUACUCCCGCAAUUAUAUUACUUUUAAUUCAGUGUUCUUUGGUAUCACGCAGAUGUCGAGCAAGUGUCAUAUUCUAUCUAUUUAUAUACAUAGUUUAUUCCUCGAUCCAGCGAUAUAUCCAUUAUUACGCAAUCGCCGUACACACGCACACACGCAUGUAUACACAACACGCGAGUCUCUAUGCGGAUAUAUAUUCGCCAGUUAUCGAAACGUUUUCGUUGAAGUUCGUCUAUCGUAAAUUGCAUCCGGCACGCGCGCCGCGCCUGCGGCGCCUUUAUUAUAUUAUACUUCGUCUCUUUGUCGCUUUAUUAUUGUAUCUCCAUAUCUCCGGUCGUAGAGGCUUUAAACGUUUUUAAAGGUUUUUUUUUUUUUUUAAAUUCAGUGAGGAUGAUACAAACUCGGAAUACAUUUAUAAAAAGAUCGAGUUAUAUAAUUUUUAAAUCGAAACACAUUAAUCUCAUUAAAAAUCCAAUUAUAUAAUAAGUACAUAAUUUUCUAUUAUUGUAUAAGUUAUUAAUUAAUUAAAUAAUUAAAUUAUUUUUAUAUCUCGAUGUUCUGUUUAUUUUUUAACAUUAAAAAUAAAAUGCACCGGAAAAAUCUCAGAUACAAUAUUAUUGCUAAUUAAGUACGUAUUGUGUGUGUGUGUGUUUCGAUUUAAAAAUUAAUACAAUAGUUAUAUAUGUAUAUAUAUAUAUAUAUAUUUUGUGUGCAGUCCUUUGUAUAGAGCUAUUUAUAGAGAACUAUUAUCUAUAAUCAGAAUAAUAUUUCUAUAUAGAAUUA